CUUGUGCGGAUUGUUUUGGUUGCUUAUAAAUCAGAUAAGCGUGCAUUCGGAUUUGUGUCAAAGUCUGCUGCCAGUUUUGUUUAUGGAGAAAGGAAAAGGAAAGUAAACAGAUGUUUAAUCUCGUCGAACAGAAAAGUGAUUUUCUUCGUGCCUGACAUACGCUGAGUUAAACAAGUUUGUAUUUCAGGAUGUUCCCCACCUCCUGCGACACGUUUGUAGCUCUGCCUCCAUCUACAGAGGGUCAGCAGAGGAUCAUCUUCGGGAAGAACUCGGACAGGCCCUGCGAUGAGGUUCAGGAGGUCGUCUACUUCCCCGCAAAACACUAUGAAGACCCAGAAAAGCUCGAGUGUACAUAUAUAGAAAUAGAGCAGGUGGAUCACACGUAUGCAGUGGUGCUGAGUCGCCCCGCCUGGCUGUGGGGGGCGGAGAUGGGGUCGAACGAGCAUCAGGUGUGCGUCGGGAAUGAGGCGGUCUGGGGGAAGGAGAGUGCGGAUGGGGAAGAGGCUCUUCUGGGAAUGGAUCUCGUCAGGCUGGCUCUAGAGAGGGCCGACACUGCUGAGCGGGCUGUAGACGUGAUAACAGAGCUGCUGGAAAAAUACGGCCAGGGCGGGAAUUGUAUGGAGGACGAGUGUGGAUUCACAUACCAUAACAGCUUCCUCAUAUCAGACCGCACAGAGGCCUGGGUGCUGGAGACUGCUGGGAAAUACUGGGCCGCAGAGAGAGUGGAGGCCGGCUGUCGGAACAUCUCCAACCAGUACUCCAUUACGACUAAGAUAGAUAAGGAGCACCCGGCGCUGAGGACGUACGCACAGGAGCAGCACUGGUGGGAUGGAAAGGCUCAGUUCAGCUUUGCUGAGGUUUACUCCUACUCAAGCACAGCCCGAAUCGAGGCCGCAGGAGGACGAUACUGUGAGGGACGCAAACUUCUGCAGAAGAGUGAAGGUCACAUCACAGCCGAGAAGAUGAUGGAUAUUUUGAGGGAUAAGGAAAGCGGAAUCAACAUGGAGGGAAUGUUCAUGACCACAGGAAGUAUGGUGUCAGUCGUCCCUAAAGACCCAAAUUUACCUGGUGUCCACUUCUUCACGGCCACUCCAGACCCUGAGCGGUCUGUCUUUAAGCCAUUUGUAUUUGUAUUAGACAUAAAGCAGCUGAAGCACACAUGUUCUCCAUGUUUUGGAGAGGAGGAUCCCGUGAAGAAGAAACCCCGUUUCCAGAGCAAACCGAACCGCAAACACCCUCUGUUCCUGAAGCACGAGGUGGUCGCUGCCAUCAUCGACAGCACCAGGGAGAGAGGACUGAAGAUUGUACAGAACAUGAGAGAACUAGAGAAGAAGAAGUUGGAAGAGAUGGAGAAAUAUCUAACUGAGGGGAUUGUGGAUUCAACACUGCUGGUUCAUCUCUUCACAGACACUGCAGAGGAAGAGAUUGAUAUUUACAGUAAAGCCUGAGACUUCUUUUAGAAUUUAAAAUAGUUUAUAAUUGUAUUAUUGGAUGUUUCUUCAACUAUAGGCACUUUUGGACCUGUGGAUCCUAGUAAAACACACUUUUCACACUGUCGCUAGUUUCACUAAAUUACACUUUGAUUGGAAUGGAGGCGUAAUAAAAAUAUUCUGCUCGCAAGUGAUGUGAACAGAAUAUUUUACUGUCUGAUUUUUCUCUCUCCGAUUUUCACUUCACUCACCAUAUGUCUCAAAUUCAUCUCAAGCUCUUCACUGUAGUUCUUUGUUAAACAAGUAACUUUUGAAAAAUAUUAAUGCUGAGACAGCAGCAAGCUUUAAAAUGAUAUAUACAGUAUUUCACUCUUUGUUUGAAAGGCUGCUCACUGCAGAGCCAAUGGGUGGAGAUUUGCUCAAUUUGUUUAUUUUAUAAUGGAUUUUCAAAAUGUAAGCUCGUGUACAACAAUUUGAAGCUGCAGUGAAACUAAUUUUGACUUUCAACUGUUUGGUGCCCAUUGAAGUCUACUAUAUGGAAAAAAAAAUCCUGUAAUGUUUUCAUCAAAAACUUUAAUUUCUUUUCGACUGAAGAAAGAAAGACAUGGACAUCUUGGAUGACAUGGGGGUGAGUAAAUUAUCAGGAAAAGUUUAUUUAAAGGUGGACUAAUCCUUUAACUAAUGUAAACAAACCAAAUCUUAUUAUAAAGUGUUAAUAUUAAUAUUAAAUCUUCUGGAUCUAAACAGGGGUAAAAACUAAUCUAUUCAUAAACACAAUUUGAAAGUUUUAUUGUGACUUUAAUAAUUUUUAUGUUAAUCUCAAUCUCAACCCCUCAGAUAUAAAAGUUCCCAAAGUUGAAGAAACACCCGGUUACUGUUGCUAGUGGAAGAGAUAAUUUGCACAAUCAUUCAGGCAAUUACUGUAUGUUUGGAUAUAAUUUUAAUAAUAUACUCACAACCAUUUACAGGUUAGUCACAUUGUUCACAUUACUGACAUGUUAAAUAAGUUGCAUGUUUUUAGCAUUUUAGAGUGCAUGUCAAAGACUCAAAUGGGAAGUUUGAACUGUCUGUCAUUCCUUAUUAUUCAUGUCUACUGCAAUCCAGUGCCAGUGAUGCAGAUAUCAUAUGCAAACACUUACAGCUGAAUAAUUAAUCCCAAAGGAUUCACUUUGAGAAAUGUGUGAACUGGUGGAAGUUGGCAGAACUUACUAACUGUCCACUCUAUUUAAGUAAAAAUAAUAAUAAUAAUGAAAAGAUCAACACUCAUUAAAGUCCAUACCACAAA